CUGGGUUGCUCUUGCCUGGGGUUCUCAGGAGGGAAGAGUUGGAGAGGCGUUGCUGCUUAGGAAAUUUAUUUUAUGUAUUAAUGGUUUGAACAAGAUUUGCAGGAAAAAACGAGAGAGUACCCAUUCAAGCCAAUGGUGUGUGGGGAGAGACUAACCCCAGUACCUUGAGGUUAGAGGUAACAGAGUACUACUCUAAACAUGGCGGAUGACGAGGAAUAUGAGGAAGUGGUGGAGUACUACACAGAAGAAGUUAUCUAUGAAGAAGUGCCGGGCGAGACCAUAACGAAAGUUUAUGAAACGACUACUACACGGACCAUAACUGACCAGGAUGUACAGCCUACCAUAACUUACCAUGAAGAACGGACAGUAUCUCAUGAUGAACCAACAAAACCAACAGAGAGGAAAAGAGUUAUCAGGAAGAAAGUGGACCCUUCAAAAUUCAUGACCCCUUACAUUGCACACAGUCAGAAAAUGCAGAAUCUCUUUAGUCCGAAUAAGUACAAAGAGAAUUUUGAGAAAACUAAAGGAUUACCUUAUGCCAGCACAACUGAUACUCCAGAACUUCGAAGAAUCAAGAAAGUACAAGAUCAACUCAGUGAGGUGAAGUAUCGUAUGGAUGGCGAUGUCGCCAAAACAAUUUGCCACGUUGAUGAGAAAGCAAAGGACAUCGAACAUGCAAAAAAAGUGUCGCAGCAAGUUAGCAAGGUUUUAUAUAAGCAGAACUGGGAAGACACCAAAGAUAAGUACCUGCUUCCCCCUGAUGCUCCAGAACUUGUCCAGGCAAUUAAGAACACGGCCAUGUUCAGUAAGAAACAGUACACUGAAGACUGGGAAGCAGACAAAAGUUUAUUUUACCCAUAUAAUGACAGUCCAGAGCUGAGGAGGGUUGCACAAGCCCAGAAAGCUCUCAGUGAUGUUGUCUACAAAAAAGGACAGGCAGAACGGAAUUCUCAGUUUACUUCACUGGCAGAUCCACCAGAUGUAGAAUUUGCCAAGAAAGUGAACAAUCAGCUGAGUAAGAACAAAUACCGGGAGGACUAUGACAAAAAAAUCAGAGGCAAGUGGAGCGAGACUCCUUGCUUUGAAAUUGCAAACGCAAGAAUGAAUGCUGACAACAUAAGUGCUAGAAAAUACCAGGAAGACUUUGAAAACCUCAAAGACCAGAUUUACUUCAUGCAAACAGAAACACCUGAAUACAAAGUUAAUAAGCAAGCUGGGAUUGCUGCUAGUAAGGUAAAAUACAAAGAAGACUAUGAAAAGAAAAAAGCUGUGGCUGAUUAUAAUGUGCUUCCUGCUACAGAGAAUCCGCUACUCAGACAGCUGAAGGCUGCAGGAAAUGCCCUAAGUGAUAAAUUAUACAAGGAAAACUAUGAAAAGACAAAGGCAAAGAGCAUGAAUUAUUGUGAGACUCCGAAAUUUCAGCUGGAUACAGUUCUGCAAAACUUCAGUGAUAAUAAAUAUAAAGACUCGUAUGUGAAGAAUAUUUUGGGACACUAUAUAGGCAGCUACGAGGACCCAUACCAUUCACAUUGCAUGAAAGUUUCAGCUCAAAACAGUGAUAAAAAUUACAAAGCAGAAUAUGAAGAAGACAGAGGAAAAUGCUACUUCCCCCAGACCAUAACUCAAGAAUAUGAAGCAAUCAAGAAACUAGAUCAGUGUAAAGAUCACACUUACAAAGUCCAUCCUGAUAAGACAAAAUUCACCGCCGUUCCUGAUACUCCCGUCCAACUGCAAGCUCAGAUCAAUACUAAGCAGCUGAGUGAUCUGAAUUAUAAAGCAAAACAUGAAAGUGAGAAGUUCAAGUGCAGCAUCCCACCUGAUGCCCCGACCUUCAUUCAGCACAGAGUCAAUGCCUAUAACCUCAGUGAUAAUGUUUACAAACAGGACUGGGAAAAGAGCAAAGCCAAGAAAUUUGAAAUUAAAGUGGAUGCUAUUCCUCUCCUGGCAGCCAAGGCCAAUAGCAAAAAUGCCAGUGAUGUACUGUAUAAGAAAGACUAUGAGAAGAGUAGAGGAAAAAUGAUUGGAGCCUUAAGUGUUGAGGACGAUCCAAAGAUCAUGCACUCUUUGAAGGUGGCCAAAAACCAGAGUGAUAGAUUAUACAAGGAAAACUAUGAAAAGACAAAGGCAAAGAGCAUGAAUUACUGUGAAACACCCAAGUUUCAGCUUGAUACCCUUCUGAAGAAUUUCAGUGAUAUUAAAUAUAAAGAUUCCUAUGAAAAGAACAUUUUGGGGCAUUACGUAGGCAGCUUCGAAGACCCCUAUCAUUCCCAUUGCAUGAAAGUUGCUGCUCAAAACAGUGAUAAAAAUUACAAAGCGGAUUAUGAAGAAGAUAGAGGCAAAUGCUACUUCCCUCAGACAAUAACACAAGAAUAUGAAGCGAUCAAGAAACUAGACCAAUGUAAAGAUCACACCUACAAAGUCCAUCCUGAUAAAACAAAAUUCACACCUGUCACUGACUCUCCUGUCCAGUUGCAAGCACAGCUUAAUACCAAACAACUAAGUGAUCUGAAUUACAAAGCAAAACAUGAAAGUGAAAAGUUUAAAUGCAAUGUACCAGCAGAUGCUCCAGCCUUCAUUCAGCACAGAGUCAAUGCCUACAACCUGAGUGAUAAUAUUUACAAACAUGACUGGGAGAAGAGCAAAGCCAAGAAAUUUGAAAUUAAAGUGGAUGCUAUUCCCCUUCUGGCAGCCAAAGCUAACAGCAAGAUUGCUAGUGAUGUACUCUACAAAAAAGACUAUGAACAGAGCAGAGGAAAAAUGAUAGGUGCCCUGAGCGUUGAGGAUGACCCGAAGAUCCUGCAUUCUUUGAAGACAGCCAAAAAUCAAAGUGAUAGGGAAUACCGCAAAGAUUAUGAAAAGGCAAAGACUGUCUACACAGCACCUUUGGACAUGCUACAAGUCACUCAAGCAAAGAAAACUCAAGCUCUUGUCAGUGAUGUUGAAUAUAAGAACAUCCCACACAAUUAUAGCUAUCCCCCUGAUAGUAUCAACGUGGACUUGGCAAAGAAGGCUUAUGCCCUACAAAGUGAUGUUGAAUACAAAGCUGACUACAAUAGCUGGAUGAAAGGCUGUGGCUGGGUACCAUUUGGAUCCUUGGAAAUGGAAAAGGCCAAGAGAGCUUCAGAUAUUCUUAAUGAGAAAAAAUACCGUCAGCAUCCAGACACUCUCAAAUUUACUGCUAUUGAAGAUGCUCCCAUUACUGUACAGUCUAAAAUCAACCAGGCCCAGAGGAGUGAUAUUCUCUACAAAGCCAAAGGAGAAGAAAUGCUCCAUAAAUAUAACCUGCCAGCUGACCUGCCUCAGUUCAUUCAGGCUAAAGUUAAUGCCUACAAUAUUAGUGAAAAUUUAUACAAAGCAGACCUGAAAGACUUGAGCAAAAAGGGCUAUGACCUCAGAACGGAUGCCAUCCCUAUUAAAGCUGCCAAAGCUGCUAGACAAGCUGCUAGUGAUGUUCAGUACAAGAAAGACUAUGAGAAAGCCAAAGGGAAAAUGGUGGGAUUCCAAAGUCUCCAAGAUGACCCCAAACUAGUUCACUAUAUGAAUGUCGCCAAGUUGCAGUCUGAUCGGGAGUACAAGAAAGACUAUGAAAAGUCCAAAACCAAGUACAAUACGCCUCAUGAUAUGUUCAAUGUUGUUGGAGCUAAGAAAGCUCAGGAUCUCGUCAGCAAUGUCAAUUAUAAGCAUCAGCUCCAUCAUUAUACUUACCUGCCUGAUGCCAUGGAUCUGGAGUUGUCUAAAAAUAUGAUGCACAUUCAGAGUGAUAAUGCCUACAAAGAAGACUAUAAUACCUGGAUGAAAGGUAUUGGCUGGGUCCCUAUUGGCUCUCUUGAGGUAGAAAAAGUGAAAAAAGCUGGUGAUGCACUGAAUGAAAAGAAGUACAGACAACAUCCAGAUACCCUCAAAUUUACCAGUGUGGUGGAUUCCCCAGUAAUGGUCCAGGCAAAGCAGAAUACACAGCAAACCAGUGAUAUUUUAUACAAAGCUAAAGGAGAAGAUGUGAAACACAAAUACACCAUGAGCCCUGACCUUCCUCAGUUUAUUCAGGCCAAAUGUAAUGCUUACAAUAUCAGUGAUGCAUGUUAUAAACGUGACUGGCAUGAUUUAAUAGCCAAGGGAAACAACAUGCUGGGUGAUGCUAUUCCAAUCGCUGCAGCCAAGGCUUCUAGAAACAUUGCUAGUGAUUAUAAAUACAAAGAAGCAUAUGAAAAGUCAAAAGGAAAACAUGUCGGUUUUAGAAGCCUUCAAGACGAUCCCAAGUUAGUUCACUACAUGAAUGUGGCCAAGAUGCAGUCUGAUCGUGAAUACAAGAAGAACUAUGAGAAUACCAAGACUAGCUAUCAUACACCUGGGGACAUGGUCAGCAUCACUGCUGCAAAAAUGGCCCAGGAUGUUGCCACCAAUGUCAACUACAAACAGCCAAUACACCAUUACACUUAUCUGCCAGAUGCUAUGAAUCUUGAACUUACAAGGAAUAUGAUGCAGAUUCAGAGUGACAAUGUGUAUAAAGAUGAUUACAACACCUUCUUCAAAGGCAUUGGCUGGAUCCCUAUUGGUUCUCUAGAGGUUGAAAAAGCCAAAAAGGCUGGAGAGGCAAUAAGUGAGAGGAAGUAUCGACAGCAUCCUGACACAGUCAAAUUCACAAGUGUGCCAGAUUCCAUGGGCAUGGUUUUGGCUCAGCAAAAUACAAAGCAACUGAGUGAUUUGAACUACAAGGUAGAAGGAGAGAAAAUAAAACACAAAUAUACCCUGGACCCUGAAUUACCUCAAUUUAUUCAAGCCAAGGUCAAUGCUCUCAACAUGAGUGAUGCUUAUUAUAAAGCAGACUGGAAGAAGACACUUGCAAAGGGCUAUGACUUGAAGCCAGAUGCUAUUCCACUACUUGCUGCAAAAGCUGCAAGGAAUAUUGCUAGUGAUUUCAAAUAUAAGGAGGCAUAUGAGAAAGACAAAGGAAAGCAAGUUGGAUUUCUUAGUCUUCAGGAUGACCCUAAACUGGUACACUACAUGAAUGUGGCCAAAAUACAGUCAGACCGGGAGUACAAGAAAGGUUAUGAAGCCAGCAAGACCAGGUAUCAUACACCCUUGGAUAUGUUCAGCGUGACAGCUGCAAAGAAGUCUCAGGAAGCCACUACCAACACCAACUACAGACAGCCAAUCCAUCAUUAUACCCUCUUGCCCGAUGCCCUGAAUAUGGAACAUUCCAGAAAUGCAAUGCAGAUCCAGAGUGAUAAUCUUUAUAAGUCAGAUUUCACUAACUGGAUGAGAGGAAUUGGGUGGGUGCCAGCAGAAUCUCUGGAAGUGGAGAAAGCAAAGAGAGCUGGAGAGAUUCUCAGUGAGAAGAAGUACCGCCAACAUCCAGAAAAACUGAAGUUCACCUAUGAUAUGGAUGCUAUGGAACAAGUGCUUAACAAAAAUAACAAGCUGACAAUGGACAAGAGGCUCUACACUGAGAAAUGGAACAAAGACAAGACGACCAUCCACGUUAUGCCUGACACUCCAGAAAUUUUAUUGUCCAGAGCAAACCAAGUUACCAUGAGCGAUAAACUCUACAGAUCUGGCUGGGAAGAGGCUAAGAAGAAAGGCUAUGACCUGAGGCCAGAUGCUAUCUCAAUACAGGCUGCAAAAUCCUCUAGAGACAUUGCUAGUGAUUACAAGUAUAAGCAAGCCUAUGAAAAAGCCAGAGGGAAACACAUUGGCUUCCGGAGUCUUGAAGAUGAUCCCAAGUUAGUGCACUUCAUGCAAGUGGCUAAAAUGCAGUCUGACCGAGAAUACAAGAAGGGCUAUGAGAAGUCAAAGACAUCAUUCCACACUCCAGUGGACAUGCUCAGUGUUGUGGCAGCAAAGAAAUCACAGGAAGUGGCUACCAAUACCAACUAUAGGAAUUUGAUCCACACAUACAACAUGCUGCCAGAUUCCAUGAGCUUUGAAUUAGCCAAAAAUAUGAUGCAGAUCCAGAGCGAUAAUCAGUACAAAGCAGACUAUGAUGACUUCAUGAAAGGUAUCGGGUGGCUACCCUUAGGCUCACUGGAAGCUGAGAAGAAUAAGAAAGCAAUGGAAAUCAUCAGUGAAAAGAAGUACCGCCAACAUCCAGACACUCUCAAGUAUUCUACUUUAAUGGACUCAAUGAACAUGGUUCUAGCACAAAAUAAUGCAAAAAUUAUGAAUGAACAUCUCUACAAACAAGCUUGGGAAGCAGAUAAGACCAAAGUUCAUAUCAUGUCGGAUCAUCCUCAGAUUGUUUUGGCAAAAGCAAAUGCAAUUAACAUGAGUGAUAAACUAUACAAACUUUCCUUGGAAGAGGCGAAGAAGAAGGGAUAUGAUCUCAGAACUGAUGCAAUUCCUAUCACUGCUGCCAAAGCUUCCAGAGAUAUUGCUAGUGAUUAUAAAUACAAAUAUAAUUAUGAAAAAGAGAAGGGCAAGAUGAUUGGUUUCCGUAAUCUUCAAGAUGACCCUAAACUAGUCCAUUACAUGCAAGUGGCUAAGAUGCAGUCUGACCGGGAAUAUAAGAAAAACUAUGAGAAUACCAAAACCAGCUACCAUACUCCUGCUGACAUGCUCAGUGUCACAGCAGCCAGGGAUGCCCAGGCCAACAUAAGCAACACUGCCUACAAACAUUUGAUUCACAAGUACAUCCUCCUUCCUGAUGCAAUGAACAUUGAACUGACCAGGAAUAUGAAUCACAUUCAAAGUGAAAAUGAAUAUAAACAGGACUACAACGAAUGGUACAAAGGUGUUGGCUGGAGUCCAGCGGGAUCUCUGGAAGUAGAGAAGGCCAAGAAAGCUACUGAAUAUGCGAGUGACAGGAAAUACCGUCAGCACCCUAGCAACUUUCAAUUCAAGAAACUGAGUGACUCUAUGGACAUGGUGCUUGCAAAACAGAAUGCACACACCAUGAACAAGCAUUUAUAUACUAUUGAUUGGAACAAAGAUAAGACACAGAUUCAUGUUAUGCCAGAUACACCAGAUAUUCUACAGGCCAAGCAGAACCAAACGUUGUAUAGCCAGAAACUAUAUAAACUUGGAUGGGAAGAAGCAUUAAAGAAAGGCUAUGACCUCCGACCUGAUGCACUCUCAGUCCAAUUAGCCAAAGCUUCACGGGACAUUGCCAGUGAUUAUAAAUACAAGGAAGGUUACCGUAAACAACAAGGCCACCAUAUUGGAUUCCGUAGCAUUCAAGAUGACCCUAAGCUGGUACUAUCUAUGAAUGUGGCCAAAAUGCAGAGCGAGAGAGAAUACAAGAAGGACUUUGAGAAAUGGAAGACCAAGUUUAGCAGCCCAGUGGACAUGCUGGGAGUCGUUUUAGCCAAGAAAUGUCAGACAUUGGUCAGUGAUGUAGACUACAAGCAUCCCCUACACCAAUGGACGUGUCUGCCAGAUCAGACAGCUAUUAUUCAAGCUAAAAGAGUCUAUGAACUACAGAGUGAAAACAUGUACAAGUCUGAUCUCCAAUGGCUCAGAGGGAUAGGAUGGAGUCCAUUGGGUUCUCUGGAGGCUGAAAAGAACAAGAAGGCUUCAGAGAUCAUCAGCGAAAAGAAAUACCGGCAACCAGCAGACAAGAACAAAUUUACCAGUCUUCCUGAUGCCAUGGACAUAGUUUUGGCAAAGACAAAUGCCAAAAACAGAAGUGAUAGACUCUAUCGAGAAGCAUGGGACAAAGAUAAGACACAAAUCCACAUAAUGCCCGAUACACCUGACAUCAUUUUGGCAAAAGCAAAUUUGAUCAACACAAGUGAUAAACUUUACCGAUUAGGCUAUGAGGAGUUGAAGAAGAAAGGGUAUGAUCUUCCUAUUGAUGCCAUACCAAUCAAAGCAGCCAAGGCAUCCAGAGAAAUUGCAAGCGAGUACAAGUAUAAGGAAGGCUAUCGUAAGCAACUCGGCCACCAUAUUGGAGCCCGUGACAUAAAGGAUGAUCCCAAAAUGAUGUGGUCCAUGCAUGUAGCCAAGAUCCAGAGUGACAGAGAGUAUAAGAAGGACUUUGAGAAGUGGAAGACCAAAUUCAGCAGCCCAGUGGACAUGCUAGGGGUUGUACUGGCCAAGAAAUGCCAGAUCCUAGUCAGUGACAUAGAUUAUAAACAUCCUUUGCACCAAUGGAUAUGCCUACCUGACCAGAAUGAUGUUGUACAUGCCAGGAAAACAUAUGAUCUUCAGAGUGAUAACCAGUACAAGGCAGAUCUCCAGUGGCUAAGAGGCAUUGGCUGGUCCCCUAGUGGUUCCCUUGAGGAUGAGAAGAAUAAAAGAGCAACUUCAAUUCUGAGUGACCACAUAUACCGUCAGCACCCAGAUAAAUUCAAAUUUUCUAGUCUUAUGGACUCCAUGCCUAUGGUUUUGGCAAAGAACAACGCUAUAACUAUGAACCAUCGUCUCUAUACCAAAGCAUGGGAUGCAGAUAAAACCACCAUCCAUAUUAUGCCAGACACCCCUGAAGUUUUACUGGCAAAGCAGAAUAAAAUUAAUUACAGUGAUAAACUAUAUAAACUUGGCUUGGAAGAGGCCAAACAGAAAGGCUAUGAUUUGCGGCUAGAUGCCAUCCCCAUCCGGGCAGCUAAAGCCUCCAGAGAUAUUGCAAGCGAAUACAAAUACAAAGAAGGUUAUCGUAAGCAGCUUGGUCACCACAUUGGAGCCCGAGCCAUUCAUGAUGACCCCAAGAUGAUGUGGUCUAUGCAUAUAGCUAAGGUCCAAAGUGACAGAGAAUACAAGAAGGACUUUGAGAAAUGGAAGACCAAGUUCAGCAGCCCAGUGGAUAUGCUGGGAGUUGUGCUGGCCAAGAAAUGUCAGACAUUGGUUAGUGAUGUGGAUUACAAGCAUCCCCUUCACCAAUGGACCUGCUUGCCAGACCAAAAUGAUGUCAUUCAUGCUCGCAAAGCUUAUGACCUUCAGAGUGAAAAUUUAUACAAGUCAGAUCUCCAGUGGAUGAGAGGCAUUGGCUGGGUGCCAAUUGGUUCUUUGGAUGUUGAAAAAUGCAAAAGGGCAACAGAGAUUUUGAGUGACAAGGUCUACCGGCAGCCUCCAGACAAACUGAAAUUUACCAGUGUGACUGAUUCUCUGGAACAAGUGUUGGCCAAGAAUAAUGCCAUCACCAUGAACAAACGAUUAUAUACAGAAGCAUGGGACAAAGACAAGACUCAGAUUCACAUUAUGCCUGACACCCCUGAAAUCAUGUUGGCAAGACAGAACAAAAUCAACUACAGUGAGAGUCUCUAUAAACUUGCCAAUGAAGAAGCAAAGAAGAAAGGUUAUGACUUGAGAGUUGAUGCCAUCCCAAUUGUGGCAGCCAAAGCAUCAAGAGAUAUUGCCAGUGAAUACAAAUACAAAGAUGGCUAUCGCAAGCAGCUUGGCCACCAUAUUGGAGCCCGGGACAUAAAGGAUGAUCCCAAGAUGAUGUGGUCUAUGCAUGUGGCCAAGAUCCAGAGUGACCGAGAGUACAAGAAGGACUUUGAGAAAUGGAAGACCAAGUUCAGCAGCCCGGUGGACAUGUUGGGAGUUGUUCUGGCCAAGAAGUGUCAGAUUCUGGUCAGUGACAUAGACUAUAAACAUCCGCUACACCAAUGGACCUGCCUGCCAGAUCAGAAUGAUGUCAUUCAUGCUCGCAAAGCCUAUGACCUACAGAGUGACAAUAUUUACAAGUCAGAUCUCCAGUGGUUGAAAGGUAUUGGCUGGGUCCCAAUUGGUUCACUGGAUGUCAUCAAAUGUAAGAGGGCUGCAGAAAUCUUAAGUGAUAAUGUGUACCGUCAACCUCCGGACAAACUCAAAUUUACCAGUGUGACUGAUUCUCUGGAACAAGUGCUGGCCAAGAAUAAUGCCAUCACCAUGAACAAGCGCUUAUACACAGAGGCCUGGGACAAAGACAAGACACAAAUCCACAUCAUGCCUGAUACACCUGAGAUUAUGUUAGCAAGACAGAAUAAAAUCAACUAUAGUGAGAGUCUAUAUCGUCAUGCUAUGGAAGAAGCAAAGAAAGAAGGUUAUGACUUGAGAAGUGAUGCUAUUCCAAUUGUUGCUGCCAAAGCAUCCCGGGACAUUGCUAGUGAUUACAAAUACAAAGAAGCUUAUCGCAAGCAACUUGGUCACCACAUUGGCGCCCGAGCUGUACAUGAUGACCCCAAGAUGAUGUGGUCCCUACAUAUAGCCAAAGUGCAGAGUGACCGGGAGUAUAAGAAAGAAUUUGAGAAAUACAAGACAAGGUACAGCAGCCCAGUAGACAUGCUCGGCAUUGUGUUGGCCAAGAAGUGCCAGACGUUGGUCAGUGAUGUGGAUUAUAAGCAUCCUCUGCAUGAAUGGACCUGCCUGCCAGACCAGAAUGACAUCAUUCAAGCUCGCAAAGCCUAUGACCUACAGAGUGAUAAUUUGUAUAAGUCUGACCUUGAAUGGAUGAAAGGCAUCGGCUGGGUCCCAAUAGGGUCUCUAGAGGUUCUUAAAGCCAAGAGGGCUACAGAGAUCUUGAGUGAUAAUAUCUACCGUCAACCUCCAGACAAACUGAAGUUUACUAGUAUAACAGACUCUCUGGAACAGGUGCUAGCAAAGAAUAAUGCUAUAAAUAUGAAUAAGCGUUUGUAUACAGAGGCAUGGGAUAAUGAUAAGAAAACAAUCCAUGUCAUGCCUGACACACCAGAAAUCAUGCUUGCUAAACUCAACAAAAUAAACUACAGUCAGAAACUCUACCGACUUGCCCUGGAGGAAUCUAAGAAGGAAGGUUAUGACCUACGUGUGGAUGCUAUUCCAAUUCAGUCAGCUAAAGCAUCUCGAGAUAUUGCUAGUGAUUACAAGUACAAAGAAGGCUAUCGUAAGCAGCUGGGCCACCAUAUUGGAGCCCGUGACAUAAAGGAUGAUCCCAAAAUGAUGUGGUCUCUACAUGCAGCGAAGAUCCAGAGUGACAGGGAGUACAAAAAGGACUUUGAGAAAUGGAAGACCAAGUUCAGCAGCCCAGUGGACAUGCUGGGGAUUGUUUUGGCCAAGAAGUGUCAGACUUUGGUCAGUGACAUAGACUACAAGCAUCCUCUGCAUGAGUGGAUGUGCCUACCAGACCAGAAUGAUGUCAUCCAGGCUCGCAAGGCCUAUGACCUACAGAGUGAUGCUAUUUACAAAUCUGAUCUGGAAUGGAUGAGAGGUAUUGGAUGGGUUCCCAUUGGUUCUAUAGAGGUUGAAAAGGUCAAGAGAGCAGGGGAAAUCUUAAGUGACAAGAAAUACCGUACACCCGCCGAUCAGCUUAAAUUCACUUGCAUCACGGACACUCCAGAAAUUGUCCUGGCAAAGAGUAACGCUCUGACAAUGAGCAAGCAUCUGUACACAGAAGCUUGGGAUGCUGACAAGACCUCCAUCCAUGUGAUGCCAGACACACCUGAAAUCAUGCUGGCCAAGAGCAAUUCUGUUAAUGUCAGCCAUAAACUUUAUACAAAAGGAUGGGAUGAGUCAAAGAUGAAAGAUUAUGACUUCAAAGCUGAUGCUAUUCCAAUCAAAAGUGCCAAGGCUUCAAGAGACAUUGCCAGUGAUUACAAAUAUAAAGAAGCUUAUGAGAAACAGAAGGGUCACCACAUCGGAGCCCAGUGUGUGGAAGAUGAUCCCAAGAUUAUGUGGUCCAUACAUGCAGGAAAGAUUCAGAGUGAAAGGGAAUACAAGAAAGAUUUCCAGAAGUGGAAGACCAAGUUCAGUAGUCCAGUGGAUAUGUUGGGCAUCUUGCUAGCUAAAAAAUGCCAGACUCUGGUCAGUGAUAUUGAUUAUCGCAACUAUUUUCACCACUGGACGUGUUUACCAGAUCAAAAUGAUGUUAUCCAAGCAAGGAAAGCCUAUGAACUACAAAGCGAUGCCAUCUAUAAGGCUGACUUGGAGUGGUUGCGUGGUAUUGGCUGGAUGCCAGAAGGUUCCCCUGAGCUAUUGAGAGUCAAGAAUGCCCAGGAGAUUUUGUGUGACAGUGUCUACCGGACAAAUGUGAAGGACCUUAAGUAUACGAGUAUUGUUGACACUCCUGAAGUUGUCCUUGCUAAGUCAAAUGCAGAAAAUAUCAGUAUUCCCAAGUACAGAGAAGUUUGGGACAAAGACAAAACCUCAAUUCACAUCAUGCCAGAUACCCCAGAAAUUAAUCUAGCCAGAGCAAAUGCUCUUAAUGUGAGCAAUAAAAUUUACAAAGAAGGCUGGGAAGAAGUAAAAAUGAGCUGUGAUGUGAGGCUAGAUGCCAUUCCAAUCCAGUCUGCCAAGGCUUCCAGAGAGAUUGCCAGUGAUUAUAAAUAUAAACUGGACCAUGAAAAGCAGAAGGGCCACUAUGUGGGAACCCUUACUGCCAGAGAUGAUAACAAAAUCCGCUGGGCCUUGAUAGCAGGCAAGAUUCAGAACGAAAGAGAAUACAGGCUGGACUGGGGCAAGUGGAAGACAAAGUUCAAAAGCCCAGUGGAUAUGCUUUCUAUCUUGCAUUCCAAGAAGAGCCAGACCCUUGUUAGUGAUGUAGAUUACCACAAUUAUCUUCAUCAAUGGACAUGCCUGCCUGACCAGAAUGAUGUGAUUCAAGCAAAGAAAGCCUACGAGCUACAGAGUGAUGCAGUUUACAAGGCAGACUUGGAAUGGUUGCGAGGAAUUGGGUGGAUGCCAAAUGACUCUGUUUCAGUAAAUCAUGCCAAACAUGCUGCAGAUAUCUUUAGCGAGCAAAAAUAUCGGACCAAGGUUGAAACUCUCAAUUUUACACCUGUGGACGACCGAGUGGAUUAUAUAACAGCAAAACAAAGUGGAGAGAUCCUAAAUGAUAUUAAAUACCGCAAAAAUUGGAAUGACAUCAAAUCAAAGUAUACCCUUACAGAAACACCACUACUUCACACUGCCCAGGAAGCAGCCAGGAUCCUGGACCAGUACCUCUACAAAGAAGGCUGGGAGAAACAGAAAGCCACAGGUUACAUUUUGCCUCCAGAUGCUGUGCCCUUUGUCCAUGCCCAUCAUUCCAGUGAUGUCCAAAGUGAGCUCAAAUAUAAGGCUGAACAUGUUAAGCAAAAAGGCCAUUAUGUUGGUGUUCCCACUAUGAGAGAUGAUCCCAAACUGGUUUGGUUUGAGCAUGCAGGGGAGAUCCAGAAUGACAGACUAUACAAAAAGGACUACCACAAAACCAAGUCCAAAAUCAACAUACCACCUGAUAUGGUGUCUGUCAUGGCAGCGAAACAGGGUCAGAACCUUGUAAGUGAUAUAGAUUACCGGAAUUACCUACAUCAGUGGACAUGUCACCCAGACCAGAAUGAUGUCAUUCAAGCAAAGAAGGCCUAUGACCUACAGAGUGAUAAUGUCUAUAAAGCAGACCUAGAGUGGCUUCGUGGUAUUGGUUGGAUACCCUUAGAUUCUGUUGAACAUGUGAGGGUCACAAGGAAUCAGGAAAUGGUGAACCAGAUAAAAUACAAGAAAGAUGCUCUUGACAAUUAUCCCAACUAUACAAGUGUGGUUGAUCCUCCAGAUAUUGUUCUAGCCAAGAUUAAUUCAGUCAAUCAGAGCGAUGUGAAGUACAAAGAGACAUUUAACCGAGCAAAGGGCAAAUAUAUUGGUUCUGCAGAUACUCCACACCUGUCCCACUCCAGAGAUAUGGCCAAACUCUAUAGUACGAUACUGUAUAAAGGAUCCUGGGAAGGAAGUAAAGCUUAUGGAUAUACCUUGGAUGAGAAAUAUAUACCAAUUGUUGGUGCCAAGAAUGCUGACUUUGUGAACAGUCUGCUUAAAUACAAAGAAGUAUAUGAAAAGCAGAAGGGCCAUUACCUGGCUGGAAAACACAUCAGUGAAUUCCCUGCUGUUAUUCAUUCUCUGGAUUUCCAAAAAAUGAGAAGUGCGUUGAACUACAGAAGACACUACGAAGACACUAAAGCCAAUGUCCAUAUUCCCAAUGACAUGAUGAACCAUGUACUGGCUAAAAAAUGCCAAUACAUCCUCAGUGACCUGGAGUAUCGACACUACUUUCACCAGUGGACAUCUCUGCCAGAGGAACCUAAUGUCAUUCGUGCCCGAAAUGCCCAGGAGAUUUUGAGUGAUAAUGUAUAUAAAGAUGACUUAAACUGGCUGAGAGGAAUUGGAUGUUAUGUCUGGGAUACACCGCAAAUCCUCCAUGCUAAAAAAUCCUAUGACCUCCAAAGUCAGCUGCAGUAUACAGCGGCAAGUAAAGACAAUUUGCAGAACUACAAUCUGGUCACAGAUACACCACUUUAUGUGACUGCUGUCCAGAGUGGCAUUAAUGCCAGUGAGGUGAAAUAUAAAGAAAAUUAUCAUCAAAUUAAGGACAAAUACACUACAAUUCUAGAAACGGUGGAUCAUGACAGAACCAAGAAUCUAAAAAGUCUUUUUAGCAAUAAUCUCUACAAGGAUGCCUGGGAAAAAGUGAAAGCUACAAGCUACAUACUACCAACCAACUCAGUCUCACUGACACAUGCCAAGAACCAGAAACAUCUGGCUAGCCAUCUCAAAUAUCGUGAAGAGUAUGAGAAGUUUAAAGCUCUCUAUACUUUACCAAAAAGUGUUGAUGAUGAUCCAAAUACAGCAAGAUGCCUUCGAGUGGGCAAACUUAACAUUGAUCGCCUCUACAGAUCUACCUAUGAAAAAAAUAAGAUGAAAAUCCACAUUGUGCCAGACAUGGUAGAACUCGUAACUGCUAAGGAUUCCCAGAAGAAAGUCAGUGAAAUCGAUUACCGCCUCCAUCUGCAUGAAUGGAUCUGCCAUCCAGACCUGCAGAUCAAUAGUCAUGUCAGGAAAGUCACCGAUCAGAUAAGUGAUAUUAUCUAUAAAGAUGACCUCAACUGGCUGAAAGGUAUUGGUUGUUUUGUCUGGGACACACCUGAAAUUCUUCAUGCCAAGCAUGCCUAUGAUCUUCGUGAUGAUAUAAAAUACAAAUCUCAUGUAAUGAAAACAAGAAAUGACUACAAAAUGGUCACGGAUACACCAGUCUAUGUACAGGCAGUCAAAAGUGGCAAACAGCUGAGCGAUGCUGUCUACCGUCAUGAAUAUAUACACAACGUUAGGGGAAAAGUGAUUCCCACUACUAAGUCAGUGGAUUUGGACCGAUCACUGCAUGCUUAUAAACUACAGAGUGAAUAUUUAUACCGAAAAGAUGGCUUACGUUACCUUCCCACUGGAUAUAGAAUUCCAGGAGAUGCUCCCAACUUUAAGAAGGCUAAGGAGGCUCAAUAUAUGAGUAGUUAUUUCAAAUACAAAGAAGUCUAUGAACACCUGAAGGCAAAUGGAUAUACUCUUGGUCCCAAAGAUGUUCCAUUUGUUCAUGUCCGGAGAGCCAACCAAGUUACCAGUGAGCGCCUCUAUCGAGAAUUAUAUCACAAAUUAAAGGACAAGAUUCAUACCACUCCGGACACACCUGAAAUCCGUCAGGUCAAAAAAACACAAGAAGCUGUCAGUGAACUGAUCUACAAAUCUGACUUCUUCAGGAUGCGAGGACACAUGAUCUCUUUGCCAUACACACCUCAAGUUCUACAUUGCCGCUAUGUGGGGGACAUUACAAGUGAUAUUAAGUACAAAGAGGAUCUACAGAUUUUGAGGGGCUUGGGAUGCUUCCUCUAUGAUACUCCUGACAUGGUCCGUUCCCGUCACCUGCGUAAGCUUUGGUCCAACUACCUGUACACAGAUACAGCAAGGAAGAUGAGAGACAAAUACAGUGUGGUACUGGACACCCCUGAAUACAGAAAAGUACAAGAGCUGAAGACACAUUUGAGUGAGCUGGUGUACAGAGCUGUAGGCAAGAAGCAAAAGUCAAUAUAUACUUCAAUUCUUGAUACCCCCGACUUCUUAAGAGCCAAGAAAGGACAGAAGCUUCAGAGUCAGUAUCUGUAUGUUGAAUUGGCCACCAAAGAGCGACCCCAUCAUCAUGCUGGUAACCAGACUAAAGCUUUAAAGCAUGCUAGAGAUGUUAAGGACAUGGUCAGUGAGAAAAAGUACAAAAUUCAGUACGAAAAAAUGAAGGACAGGUAUACUCCAGUCCCUGACACGCCAAUCCUCAUCAGAGCUAAGAAGGCUUACUGGAAUGCCAGCGAUUUACGCUACAAAGAAACAUUCCAUGCCACCAAAGGAAGAUACCACACUGUGAAGGAUGCCCUGGACAUCGUAUAUCACCGCAAGGUCACAGAUGACAUCAGCACUGUGAAAUACAAGGAGAACUAUAUGAGCCAACUAGGAUUCUGGAGUUCAAUUCCAGAUCGUCCAGAACACUAUCACCACCGGGCUGUCACUGAUGCUGUCAGUGAUGUUAAAUACAAAGAAGACUUAACAUGGCUUAAGGGUAUUGGCUGCUAUGCCUAUGAUACUCCUGACUUGAUGUUGGCGGAACAGAAUAAGACCCUUUAUAGCAAGUACAAGUACAAGGAAUUAUUUGAAAAGACAAAGUCUAAUUUCAAGUACAUAGCUGAUUGUCCAAUUAAUAGGCAUUUCAAAUAUGCAACUCAACUGAUGGAUGAGAAAAAGUACAGAGCUGAUUAUGAGCAGCGGAAAGAUAAGUACAGCCUUGUUGUGGAUGAACCUAGACAUCUGCUGGCUAAGACCGUAGGCGAACAAAUAAGUCAGAUCAAGUACAAGAAAAAAUAUGAGAAGACAAAGGACAAAUUUACAUCUGUUGUAGAUACUCCAGAACACUUGCGUACUACAAAAGUCAACAAGCAAAUCAGUGAUAUCCUUUACAAGUUGGAAUAUAACAAAGCCAGACCCAGAGGCUACACCACAAUCCAUGACACCCCCAUGUUACUGCAUGUUCGCAAAGUGAAAGACCGAAUCAGCGACCUGAAAUACAAAGAAGCAUACCAAAGGACCAAGUCUAAUUGCACCAUUGAACCCGAUGCAGUUCAUAUAAAGGCAGCCAAGGAUGCCUACAGAGUAAACACUAAUAGGGAUUAUAAGAAGCAAUACGAAGCAACCAAAGCUCACUGGAAGUGGAUUGCUGACAGACCUGACUUCAUACAAGCUGCUAAAUCAACCUUGCAACAAAGUGAUUUUGAAUAUAAGCUGGACCGAGAGUUCCUGAAGGGUUGUAAACUCUCUGUCACUGAUGACAAAGAUAUGGUGCUGGCCCUGAGGAAUUCCUUAAUAGAAAGUGAUUUAAAAUACAAAGAGAAGCAUGUCAAAGAAAGAGGAACCUGCCAGGCGGUACCUGAUACUCCCCAGAUCCUUCUUGCUAAGACUGUCAGUAACCUGGUAUCAGAGAACAAAUACAAGGACUAUGUGAAAAAGCAUCUUGCACAGGGUUCCUACACAACUCUCCCCAAGACACGCGAUACUGUUCAUGUCAAGGAAGUGACUAAGAAUGUCAGUGAUACAAAUUAUAAAAAGAAGUUUGUAAAGGAGAGAGGAAAAUCCAAUUACUCCAUCAUGCUUGAGCCACCAGAGGUGAAACAUGCCAUGGAAGUUGCAAAGAACCAGAGCAAUAUUGCCUACAAAAAAGAUGCCAAGGAGAACCUACAUUACACCACUGUGGCUGAUCGACCUGACAUCAAGAAAGCGACUCACGCUGCCAAGCUAGCCAGUGAGGUGGAAUAUAGAGCCAAGCACCGGAAGGAAGGAAGUCAUGGAUUGAGCAUGCUUGGUCGUCCUGACAUCGAAAUGGCUAAGAAGGCUGCCAGGCUGAGUAGUCAGAUAAAAUACCGAGAAAACUUUGACAAAGAGAAGGGCAAGACGCCAAAAUACAACUUGAAAGAUAGCCAGCUCUACAAGACCAUGAAAGAUGCCAACAACCUCGCAAGUGAAGUUAAGUACAAGGCUGACCUAAAGAAACUUCACAAACCUGUGACUGACAUGAAGGAAUCUCUGAUUAUGAAUCAUGUGCUGAAUACAAGCCAACUUGCCAGUUCUUACCAGUACAAGAAGAAAUAUGAGAAGAGUAAGGGUCACUACCAUGUAAUUCCUGAUAACCUGGAACAGCUCCAUCUAAAAGAAGCAACAGAAAUACAGAGCCAAGUGAAAUAUAAAGAAAAAUAUGAAAAGGAACGAGGGAAACCCAUGUUGGACUUCGAAACCCCAACAUAUAUCACUGCAAAGGAAUCUCAACAGAUGCAGAGUGGGAAAGAAUAUAGAAAGGACUAUGAAGAGUCCAUUAAAGGCAGAAAUCUUACUGGCCUGGAGGUUACACCAGCUCUAUUACAUGUCAAAUAUGCCACCAAAAUAGCAAGCGAGAAAGAGUACAGGAAAGAUCUAGAGGAAAGCAUCCGAGGAAAGGGUCUCACCGAAAUGGAUGACACACCUGAUAUGCUACGAGCAAAGAAUGCAACUCAGAUCCUCAAUGAGAAAGAAUACAAGAGAGACCUAGAGCUAGAAGUCAAAGGACGAGGUCUGACCACCAUGGCAAAUGAAACUCCUGAUUUCAUGAGGGCCAGGAAUGCUACGGAUAUUGCCAGCCAGAUUAAAUAUAAGCAGUUGGCAGAAAUGGAAAAAGGCAACUUCACAUCUGUUGUUGAUACACCAGAGAUCAUUCAUGCUCAGCAAGUCAAAAAUCUUUCAAGUCAGAAAAAGUACAAAGAAGAUGCUGAAAGGUGCAUGUCCUACUAUGAGACAGUGCUGGAGACUCCAGAGAUGCAGAGAGUCCGAGAGAACCAGAAGAACUUCAGCCUUCUCCAAUACCAGAGUGAUCAUAAAAACACUAAAGGAAAAAUUACAGUUGUACAAGACACGCCAGAAAUACUGCGUGUUAAAGAAAAUCAAAAGAAUUUCAGCUCGGUUUUAUAUAAAGAAGGCAUCUCUCCGGGAACAGCAAUUGGUCAGACUCCUGAGAUGAUGAGAGUCAAACAAACACAGGAUCACAUUAGCGCGGUGAAAUACAAGGAAAGUAUUGGACAAGGAACCCCAAUUCCUGACCUUCCUGAAGUGAAACGCGUCAAGGAGACACAAAAGCACAUAAGCUCGGUUAUGUACAAAGAGAACUUGGGGACAGGCAUCCCAACCACUAUCACUCCAGAGAUGGAGAGAGUCAAACGCAAUCAAGAGAACUUUAGCUCGGUGUUGUACAAAGAGAACCUGGGCAAGGGAACCCCCUUGCCAGUCACUCCUGAGAUGGAGAGAGUCAAACACAAUCAAGAAAACUUUAGCUCGGUGUUAUACAAAGAGAACUUGGGCAAGGGAACCCCCUUACCUGUCACUCCAGAGAUGGAGAGAGUCAAACACAAUCAAGAAAAUAUUAGCUCGGUUUUGUACAAAGAAAAUGUGGGGAAAGCCACCCCAACCCCUGUCACUCCAGAGAUGCAGAGAGUCAAACGCAAUCAAGAAAACAUUAGCUCGGUGUUAUACAAAGAGGGCCUGGGGAAGGCAACCCCUACACCUGUCACUCCAGAGAUGGAGAGAGUCAAACGCAAUCAAGAGAACUUUAGCUCGGUUUUGUACAAAGAGAACAUGAGAAAAGCCACCCCAACACCUGUCACUCCAGAGAUGGAGAGAGCUAAGCGCAACCAAGAAAACAUUAGCUCGGUCCUGUACUCUGAUAGCUUCCGUAAACAAGUGCAAGGCAAAGCUGCCUACGUCUUGGAUACCCCAGAAAUGAGACGAGUGAGAGAGACCCAAAAGCACAUCUCAACGGUGAAAUACCAUGAGGAUUUUGAAAAGCAUAAAGGUUGCUUUACACCAGUGGUAACGGACCCCAUUACUGAGAGAGUGAAAAAGAACACACAAGACUUCAGCGACAUUAACUACAGGGGUAUUCAGAGGAAGGUGGUGGAAAUGGAGAGAAAACGGACGGAUCAGGAUCAGGAGACUAUAACAGGCUUACGGGUUUGGCGUACCAAUCCUGGCUCCGUUUUCGACUAUGACCCAGCAGAAGACAACAUACAAUCUCGGAGCUUACAUAUGAUUAAUGUGCAAGCCCAACGUCGGAGCCGGGAUGCUUCUCGAUCUGCUAGUGCAUUGAGCAUCAGCGGCGGAGAUGAGAAAUCAGAGCAUUCAGAGGGAGCUGAUCACCACCUUUCCCAUUACAGCAAUGGAGGAGGAAUCUUCUUCUCAGCAACCUCAUCAGCUUACAAACAUGCAAAAACUACAGAACUUCCACAACAAAGAUCAUCUUCUGUUGCUACCCAACAGACAACAGUAUCAUCUAUACCAUCCCAUCCCUCUACUGCUGGAAAAACCUUCCGGGCCAUGUAUGACUACAUGGCUGCCGAUGCUGAUGAAGUGUCCUUCAAAGAUGGUGACGCCAUUGUCAAUGUUCAAGCUAUUGAUGAGGGCUGGAUGUAUGGCACCGUGCAGAGGACAGGCAGGACUGGGAUGCUCCCAGCCAACUACGUUGAAGCUAUUUAACCAUUUAAUGCCAAUAUUUGGGGCCUCCAAAUGUGACACCAUCAUCCUAUAAUAUAGUCCAUUAAUACCUAGCAGCUUCCAAGCUGUCUUAUUUAUUUUUCUUGCUGACAUAAUUUUUAUGAUGAAUUAUUUCCUGAUCCUUUUCUUGGUAAAACUAUGGAGAUUUUAAAAAUUCUCCUACCAGACAAAUGACAAACAACAGCAAUCUCAUCCAUCAUUAAACUGCAAGCAUUUUCUAUGAUCCUGGCUGGACUUGCAUAAAAAUUUAAUGGAUAAUAUAAUUAAACUUGUCAUCUAGGAAUAAAUCCUUACAUAAGAAAAAUUGUCACCUGGCAAGAUACUCAAUCUUGGAGUUCUUUUGAAAAUGAAACUUUUAAAUGAAUUUUGGUUUUGAAAAGAGUUGAACUUUCAGAAAAUUCAACAAAUAAAAAGUUUUUUGCUGUGUCAGGCCAUUGGCUUUUUCUGUCCUGAGACUUAGUAUUUUUUUGCAUUGUGAAAAAUGUUUUACCUUAUUUCUUUUUUGAACCAAGAACAUAUUCUCAAAACAACUAUAAGGCCAAUGCAAGAAAAAAAAUCCCUUUCCUCUUCUCCUCCUUCUUGCUUACUUAAUGCAUGCAUCUUUUCAGCCAGGUAUUCUGGGGCAUAAAGCUGAUGUUCUCUGUAAAUUAGUAAUAAAGUUCACAUUUCUGCAA